AUGGGGAUACCUUUAUUUGGGGAUAGCAAGCCCUUCUAUUUCCGGAUCUGGAAUGGACUAAGUCAGAAGUUGCAAGGCAAAAAGUCCUGGGAUAAACAUCUGGAUGAACUCUACUUACUCCAGCAGAAAAGGAUCUGGGAAUCCCCACUCCUCCAGGCUGCCAAAGAGAACAACCUCCCAGUCAUUAGGAAACUUCUCACUGAUGGAACAUGUGAUAUCUAUCAGAGAGGUGCACUGGGGGAGACUGCCCUUCAUGUAGCUGCCUUGUAUGAUAAUGUGGAGGCCGCAGUGAUUCUGAUGGAAGCAGCUCCUGACCUUGUCAAUGAGAGGAUGACUUCAGAACUCUAUGAAGGGCAGACAGCUCUCCACAUUGCAGCAGUGAACCAGAACAUCACUUUGGUGAAGGCUUUACUCAAGAGAGGGGCCAAUGCCCGUACAGCACAGGCCACUGGGCACUUCUUCAGGCGCAGCUCCCACAAUCUUCUCUAUUUCGGAGAGCAUGUUUUAUCAUUUGCUGCCUGUGUGGGAAAUGAGGAAAUUGUACAGUUGCUCAUUGAAAAUGGAGCUGACAUCAGAGCUCAAGAUAGUCUGGGUAACACUGUUCUUCACAUCCUGGUUCUCCAACCUAAUAAGACAUUUGCCUGCCACAUGUACAGCCUGAUACUUUCCUAUGACAGGAACAAAGAGGGACCAGGAUCACUUGAAUUGAUUCCUAACAAUGAGGGGCUUACUCCAUUCAAACUGUCUGGAGUGGAGGGCAACACUGUGAUGUUUCAAUACCUUAUGCAGAAGCGGAAGCACAAUCUCUGGUCCUUUGGCCCCUUGACCACUGUUCUCUAUGAUCUCACAGAGAUUGACUCAUGGGCUGAAGAUCAGUCCUUCCUUGAGCUCAUUGUCUCAACCAAGAAGAGAGAGGCACGCCAGAUCUUGGACCUAACUCCUGUGAAGGAGCUGGUGAGCCUGAAGUGGAAUAUGUAUGGUCGUCCCUAUUUUUGUUUCCUGGCUUUAUUCUAUAUACUCUACAUUGUCUGCUUCACUAUGUGCUGCAUCUACCGACCACUGAAACCCCGAACAGACAACAAAACAAGCAGUAGAGACAAUACAAUCUAUGUCCAGAAAAUGCUGCAGGAAUCAUAUAUGACAUAUGAGGAUGAGCUGAGGCUGGUGGGGGAGCUGAUCACAGUCAUUGGAGCUGUAGUAAUUUUGAUCCUUGAGAUCCCAGAUAUCCUUAGAGUUGGAGCAGCGAAAUACUUUGGACAAACCAUCCUGGGAGGGCCUUUUCACAUAAUUGUCAUCACAUAUGCUUGCAUGAUUCUAGUAACCAUGGUGAUGCGUCUCACCAGCACAACUGGUGAGGUGGUGCCCAUGUCCUUUGCCCUUGUGCUAGGAUGGUGCAAUGUCAUGUACUUCGCACGAGGCUUCCAGAUGCUUGGACCCUUUACCAUCAUGAUCCAGAAGAUGAUAUUUGGAGAUCUCAUGCGUUUUUGUUGGCUCAUGGGUGUGGUGAUAUUAGGCUUUGCAUCAGCUUUUUACAUCAUCUUCCAGACAGAGAACCCUGAAAACCUUGGGCAGUUCUACAACUAUCCCAUGUCCUUGUUCACUACCUUUGAGCUGUUCCUCACUAUCAUUGAUGGCCCUGCAAACUAUGAUGUGGACCUGCCCUUUAUGUACAGCGUGGUAUACUUUGCCUUCGCCAUCAUUGCAACUCUCCUUAUGCUCAACUUGUUAAUUGCCAUGAUGGGUGACACCCACUGGAGAGUGGCCCAUGAGCGGGAUGAACUCUGGAGAGCCCAGGUUGUUGCUACUACUGUCAUGCUGGAGCGGAAACUGCCACGGUGUCUCUGGCCUCGCUCUGGAAUCUGUGGGCGGGAGUAUGGACUAGGGGAUCGAUGGUAUCUCAGAGUUGAAGACAGGGUUGAUCCCAACAAACACAAGAUGAUGCGGUACACAGAAGCAUUUAAGGUUCAGGAUAGGGAUAACUAUGACAAAGGUUUGGAAAAGCUGGGAAUCGAUAGGAACAUCCUGUACAAGCAGGAGCGGUCUGCUCUGUCAUUGUCACGAAGCACAUCCAGGACUAGUUCUCACCGUGGCUGGGAGAUCCUGAGGCGCAACACCUUCCACCAACUUCGUGGGGAGGUCAGUCAUGCCAUGGAAGAGGAGGUCUAUGAUGUCUAA